AUGAAUGGCUCAAGUACGACGACGACCACGCUGCACGGCGACCCAAAUACACAGACGAGAGAUAGAAAGAGGUCUAUCACCCGCCUAGUCGUCCCUCGCCUCCCACCAGAACUCUUCGAGCCUAUCAUCGCCCACAUCUCGGACGUCCCCACCCUCCUCGCUCUCUGUCUCUCCUCGCACUUCCUCCGCCACGAAGCCGAACCCUUCUUAUACCACUCUCCCACUUCGUCCACCCCAACAGGCGACCCGAGAAAGCACGAUACCAACGUUACCUUGCACAUCCGCUUCCUUACUACCAUCACCAAUCCGAGGAACGAGCGCCUUGCGUUACCACGAGCGUCCGCUCUGGCCGCUCCUCGUUCAGGGCCUGCGCCGUAUGACGGGGCUGAAAUCGUUGGCGUUAAUUUGCACGAGCUGCAGUGGCUCAACCAUUCCGACGAGCGCGCACUUUCUCGGAUCCUCGAACGCCCCAACUACGCGAAUUUGAGAAUCCUGCAUGUAGAGUGGACGGACUCGGAGAUAGAUGUUCAUCCUGAAGCGUGUCCGGAGCUGUACGAAUUCGUCUCGAGUCGCGCAGGAAUAGAGUCAUUUCUCCCUGGGAGGAAGGUAGUAAUGCUCGCAUGGGUCCCGAAAUGCGACGACGAACGACGCCGGAGUACCCUAGAGGUCCGUGUAGGGGAGGCUCUUGGCCAAGUACGGAUGUUCUCGUUCGGCGGGUUCUACACGCGCCCACAUAUGAGUGUUGUGGCACCGUGGUUGAGAAGUGUGGAGGUAUUGGAACUCGUCGGGCUGGUUGAUGGGGAAUUGGACGUUCUGCCCCAGAUACCCAACCUUCGGGAGCUCGUGCUAUCCUUCAAGUGGAGCUCCUACCGCCUCCCGAUCCCUCCGAAGGAUCGCCCACGCACUAUCCAUCGCCUCUUCAGCCAAUGCGAGAAGUUGGAGGUGGUGAAUAUCGCUCACAGCUGGUCGAAGACGAGGGUGAUUUCGUACGAGCGUGGUGUGGACCACGAGUGA